CGCAGUUGCCCCGGUGGUUUGGUGGUGGCGGGGAGAAAUGUCUCUGUGUUCCUCUCGCCUCCAGUUCGGUGUGCAGCUUGGAGUCCCCGCCCGGGCGUGCUAAGGUGCCUUCUCCAGGAGUGGCAGCAGGGAGGGAGAAAUGGCCAGGAGGUUCCUGCCAGCACAUGUUCAGGAGUCUGUGACAUUCAGGGAUGUGGCCGUGCUCUUCAGCCAGGAUGAGUGGUUGCACCUGGACUCUGCCCAGAGAACAUUGUAUCGGGAGGUGAUGCUGGAGAACUACAGCAACCUGGUCUCACUGGGAUGGGAGAGCUUGUUUGAAACCACAGUUUCCAAAGAAGAAAAUCUAGAAGUCAUGAAAAAAUUCAUAGUUGAUGAGUUCAGACUGGGAAGAACCUAUAUGAAUGAGGACAGGUUAGAGAAGCAACAAGGCAAAAAGAACAAAGUUUUCACAAAAGCGUUGUUUACCAUCAAAAAAACCUGUGUGAAAGAGAGAAGCUUUAAAGGCCUUGAACUUGAGAAAAAUCUUGGCUUAAAAUCAUCACUUACUAGAAAAUCAGGAAUUGUUCCCAGAGGAAGGAAACCCCGUUCACAGCAGUAUUCAAUUCUCUUUAAACAACUGGGAGUCAACACAGUGCGUAAAUGUUAUAAAUGUAAUAUCUGUGGGAAAAUCUUCCUUCACAGUUCUUCCUUGAGCAAACAUCAGAGGAUCCAUACUGGAGAGAAGCUGUAUAAAUGUAAGGAAUGUAGGAAAGCUUUCAGCCAAAGCUCAUCCCUAACACAGCACCUGAGAGUUCAUACUGGAGAGAAACCUUAUAUAUGUAGUGAAUGUGGAAAGGCCUUCAGUUUUACCACCUCUCUUAUUGGGCACCAGAGAAUGCACACUGGAGAGAGACCUUAUAAAUGUAAGGAAUGUGGCAAAACAUUUAAAGGUAGUUCAUCCCUUAAUAACCAUCAACGAAUUCAUACUGGAGAAAAGCCCUAUAAGUGUACUGAAUGUGGGAGAGCCUUUAGUCAGUGCUCAUCUCUCAUUCAACAUCACAGAAUUCAUACUGGAGAGAAACCAUAUGAAUGUAGCCAGUGUGGGAAAGCCUUCACUUCAAUAUCGCGGCUGAGUAGACACCAUCGAAUUCACACUGGAGAGAAACCCUUUCAUUGUAAUGAGUGUGGAAAAGUGUUCAGUUACCAUUCGGCCCUUAUUAUACAUCAGAGAAUUCACACUGGUGAGAAACCGUAUGCAUGUAAAGAGUGUGGGAAAGCCUUCAGCCAAAGCUCAGCACUUAUACAACAUCAGAGGAUUCACACUGGAGAAAAACCCUACAAGUGUAAUGAAUGUGGCAAGGCCUUCUCCUGGAUCUCACGGCUUAACAUACAUCACAGAAUUCACACUGGAGAGAAACCUUAUCAUUGUAAGGAAUGUGGAAAAGCUUUUAGUUCCCACUCAGCUGUUAAUACUCAUCGAAAAAUCCAUACUGGCGAGAAACCUUAUAAAUGUAACGACUGUGAAAAAGCUUUCAACCAAAGCUCAGCCCUAAUUCAGCACCAGAGAAUUCAUACUGGAGAGAAACCAUUUAACUGUAAAGUGUGUGGGAAAGCUUUCAGACAAAGUUCAUCCCUUAUGACACAUAUGAGAAUUCACACAGGAGAAAAGCCUUAUAAAUGCAAAGAAUGUGGAAAAGCUUUUAGUCAGAGCUCAUCUCUUACUAAUCAUCAAAGGACUCAUAAUUGAGAAAAAAACAAAUAAAAUGCAUGUGGGAAGUCUUCCAAAUGAAGUUCAUUCCAUAUUGAAUAUCAUUAAUUCUGGGGAGAAAGUGAAGAGCAAUUUAUUUUGGGUAAAACUUCAGAAGUUAG